CACAGACAGGAAGGUUGCAUUUGGCGACGUGGAAGUGACUAGUCGUCUGUUGUGAAGCUGUACACCAACCACACUGAUCCACAAACAUUCCGUAACAAUGAUAAAGAAAUUUGACAAGAAGGACGAAGAGUCUGGAAGUGGCUCUAACCCUUUCCAGCAUCUUGAAAAGAGUGCAGUGUUGCAAGAGGCUCGUAUCUUCAACGAGACUCCGAUCAACCCCAGAAGAUGUCUCCACAUCCUCACCAAGAUCAUUUACCUGCUCAACCAGGGGGAGCACUUUGGAACUAUGGAGGCGACCGAGGCCUUCUUCGCAAUGACCAGGCUCUUCCAGUCCAAUGAUCAAACCCUGAGAAGGAUGUGCUACCUUACCAUCAAGGAGAUGGCCAACAUCUCUGAGGAUGUCAUCAUUGUCACCAGUAGCUUGACCAAGGACAUGACUGGCAAGGAGGAUGUGUACAGAGGACCUGCCAUCAGAGCUCUAUGCAGGAUCACGGAUACCACCAUGCUGCAGGCCAUUGAGAGAUACAUGAAACAGGCCAUCGUUGACAAAGUGCCCAGUGUGUCCAGCUCUGCCCUGGUCUCCUCUCUGCACAUGGUUAAGAUGAGCUACGACGUGGUGAAGCGCUGGGUGAACGAGGCACAGGAGGCAGCUUCCAGUGACAACAUCAUGGUCCAGUACCACGCCCUGGGCCUGCUGUACCACCUGAGGAAGAAUGACCGACUGGCCGUAUCCAAGAUGCUCAACAAGUUCACCAAGUCUGGCCUCAAGUCCCCCUUUGCCUACUGCAUGCUCAUCCGCAUCGCCAGCAAGCUGUUGGAGGAGACCGAGGCAGGACAUGACAGUCCCCUGUUUGACUUCAUUGAGAGCUGUCUGAGGAACAAGCAUGAGAUGGUGGUGUACGAGGCAGCCUCGGCCAUAGUCCACAUGCCCAACUGUACUGCCAGAGAGCUGGCCCCCGCUGUCUCUGUCCUGCAGCUGUUCUGCAGCUCUCCCAAAGCAGCCCUGAGAUACGCAGCUGUCAGGACCCUCAACAAGGUGGCGAUGAAGCAUCCGUCGGCCGUGACUGCGUGCAACCUGGACCUGGAGAACCUGAUCACUGACUCGAACCGCAGCAUCGCCACGCUGGCCAUCACCACGCUGCUGAAGACAGGCAGCGAGAGCAGUGUGGACCGCCUCAUGAAACAGAUCUCCUCCUUCGUCUCUGAGAUCUCUGACGAGUUCAAGGUGGUGGUUGUGCAGGCCAUCAGUGCCCUGUGUCAGAAGUAUCCCAGAAAGCACAGCGUCAUGAUGAACUUCCUGUCCAACAUGCUCCGAGACGACGGUGGCUUUGAGUACAAGCGGGCCAUCGUGGACUGCAUCAUCAGCAUCAUCGAGGAGAACCCAGAGAGCAAGGAGACGGGGCUGGCCCACCUGUGUGAGUUCAUCGAGGACUGUGAGCACACGGUGCUGGCCACCAAGAUCCUCCACCUGCUGGGCAAGGAGGGCCCGCGCACGCCCUCGCCAUCCAAGUACAUCCGCUUCAUCUUCAACCGCGUCGUGCUGGAGAGCGAGGCCGUCAGAGCCGCUGCGGUCAGUGCUCUGGCUAAGUUUGGAGCCCAGAAUGAUGACCUUCUCCCCAGUGUGUUAGUCCUGAUGCAGAGGUGUAUGAUGGACAGUGACGACGAGGUGAGGGACAGAGCCACCUUCUACAUGAACGUGCUGCAGCAGAAGCAGAAAGCCCUCAACGCUGCCUACAUUUUCAACGGUCUGUCGGUGUCUGUCCCGGGUCUGGAGAAGUCCCUCCACCAGUACACCCUGGAGCCCACAGAGAAGCCCUUCGAUAUGAAGUCGGUUCCCCUGGCCAACACACCCAUCACAGAGCAGAAGACCGAAUUCGCUCCUGUGGCCACUAGCAAGCUUCCAGAGAAACCAGGCCCGACACGCCAAGACAUCUACCAGGAACAACUGGCAGCCAUUCCAGAAUUCCAGGGCCUGGGUUCUCUCUUCAAGACGUCGGAGGCGGUGCAGCUGACCGAGGCGGAGACUGAGUAUGUGGUGCGCUGCGUCAAGCACACCUUCGCCAGACACAUGGUGUUCCAGUUCGACUGCACCAACACGCUCAAUGACCAGCUCCUGCAGAAGGUUAUGGUUCAGAUGGAGCCGUCGGAGGCCUACGAGGUUCUCCACUACGUCCCUGCUGCUAACCUGCCCUACAGCCAGCCUGGCUCCUGCUACAGCCUGGUCAGACUGCCUGAAGAUGACCCCACCGCAGUGUCCUGUACGUUCAGCUGUACUCUGAAGUACCUGGUGAAAGACUGCGACCCCAACACAGGAGAGCCCGAUGACGACGGUUACGAUGACGAAUAUGUGCUGGAAGACUUGGAGGUGACCGUUGCAGACCACAUCCAGAAGGUGUUGAAGCCUAACUUUGCCGCAGCCUGGGACGAGGUGGGAGACGACUUUGAGAAGGAGGAGACGUUCGCCCUGGCCUCUGUCAGAACGUUAGACGAGGCUGUUGGUCACAUCUCUCUGUUCCCUGUCGUCUAUGUAGAGGCUGUUGGUCACAUCUCUCUGUUCCCUGUCGUCUCUGUAGAGGCUGUUGGUCACAUCUCUCUGUUCCCUGUCGUCUCUGUAGAGGCUGUUGGUCACAUCUCCCUGUUCCCUGUUGUCUCUGUAGAGGCUGUUGGUCACAUCUCCCUGUUCCCUGUUGUCUCUGUAGAGGCUGUUGGUCACAUCUCUCUGUUCCCUGUCGUCUCUGUAGAGGCUGUUGGUCACAUCUCUCUGUUCCCUGUCGUCUAUGUAGAGGCUGUUGGUCACAUCUCUCUGUUCCCUGUCGUCUCUGUAGAGGCUGUUGGUCACAUCUCUCUGUUCCCUGUCGUCUCUGUAGAGGCUGUUGGUCACAUCUCCCUGUUCCCUGUUGUCUCUGUAGAGGCUGUUGGUCACAUCUCCCUGUUCCCUGUUGUCUCUGUAGAGGCUGUUGGUCACAUCUCUCUGUUCCCUGUCGUCUCUGUAGAGGCUGUUGGUCACAUCUCUCUGUUCCCUGUCGUCUCUGUAGAGGCUGUUGGCCACAUCUCCCUGUUCCCUGUUGUCUCUGUAGAGGCUGUUGGUCACAUCUCUCUGUUCCCUGUUGUCUCUGUAGAGGCUGUUGGUCACAUCUCUCUGUUCCCUGUCGUCUCUGUAGAGGCUGUUGGUCACAUCUCUCUGUUCCCUGUCAUCUCUGUAGAGGCUGUUGGUCACAUUUCCCUGUUGUCUCUGUAGAGGCUGUUGGUCACAUCUCCCUGUUCCCUGUUGUCUCUGUAGAGGCUGUUGGUCACAUCUCUCUGUUCCCUGUCGUCUCUGUAGAGGCUGUUGGUCACAUCUCUCUGUUCCCUGUCAUCU